AUGGCACCAAAGCGACGCGCUGCUUCUACAGCCAGGGCGGGUGGCAAAAAGGUGAAGGAAGAGCCUAAGUUACCAAAGGCUAAGGAUGCAUUUACCUCCGCCAAAGAGGCCCUUUUGGCUGCAGGGCCACCAGUCAAAGGCAAGAAGACGGUGGACGAGUACUGUUCGCUGAGUGGAGAGGUGCACGAAGACUAUGACUGCAUGCUUAAUCAGACAAAUAUUGGAUUCAACAAUAAUAAGUUUUAUGUGAUCCAAGUCAUAAAAGCAGCCAACAAAUUCUAUUCAUGGAACAGAUGGGGCAGAGUGGGUGAGACGGGACAAUCCAAACUAAACCCAUUUUCAGAUGUGGAGAGUGCUGUGAAGGACUUUGAAAAAAAGUUUAAGGACAAGACAAAGAACAACUGGAAGGAUCGAAUGAAUUUUGUAUCUCACCAAGGGAAAUACACCUUGAUCGAGGUGGAUGGAGAGCAUGAUACAGAAGUUAAGGUGGAUGCCGUCGAUGGAACGGUUGUCAAGGUCAAGAAAAAUGUCCUACCUUGCACCCUUGAUGAAGCUACAAAGGAGCUUAUUGUGCUUAUUUUUAGCAAUGACAUGUUCAAAGAGGCAAUGGAAUGUAUGAAUUUAGAUAUCAAGAAGAUGCCUUUGGGUAAACUAAGCAAGGUGCAGAUUGCGAAAGGCUUUGAGGUGCUGGAAGAAAUUACAGCAGCCUUGAGUCAAAAGAUAAAAAAGGGGCAACUUGAAAAACUUUCCUCCAAGUUCUUCACAUUAAUCCCACAUAACUUUGGUCGGAGCAGACCACCAACCAUUGACAACAUUGACAUUGUGGCAAAGAAAAAUAAGAUGCUAAUGGUGUUGGCUGAUAUUGAGCUCGCCCAGACCCUAAAAUCAGUGACAGAGAAGGCACAGGAAGAGAUGAUAGAGACUGUUCCUCACCGUCUUGACCAAGACUACAAUUCUCUCAAAUGUAAGCUCUCUCUGAUGGACAAAAACACUGAAACAUUCAAGACAAUAGAAACGUACCUAAAGCAAACUCAGGGUUCCUCAAAGCCGAUAAUCGCCAAUGUAUGGGAAGUGGAUAGAGAGAAUGAGGGGGAACGGUUUCAAGAGAAUGCAGCAUUGGAGAACCGCCGCCUGCUGUGGCAUGGCACAAACAUAGCAGUCGUGGCUGCUAUACUUAAAAGCGGUUUGAGGAUAAUGCCCCAUUCAGGGGGCCGUGUUGGUCGGGGUAUCUAUUUUGCAUCUGAAAACUGCAAGUCAGCAGGUUACGUACGCACAUCUAAAAAUACUGGUGUGAUGUUUCUGAGUGAAGUGGCCCUUGGAAAAGAACAUACCAUCACCAAAGAUGACUCUUCCUUGAAAAAGGCUCCCAAGGGCUUUGAUUCUGUAGUUGCAAGAGGUCAAGUGGAACCAGAUCCUUCUAAAGACAUCUUCAUCACCCUUGAUGGUAACAAGGUGGCUGUCCCUCAGGGUAAGCCUGUAUUGCAGCCUCAGUACAGUACGAGCUACUUCCACAACAGUGAAUAUCUCAUCUACAAAGAGAGUCAAUGUCGCCUGCGCUACCUUCUUGAACUGAAAAUGUAA